AUGGCAAUCGUCGGGGACUCGUUAAAUAAGAGGCGCAACUACACCGUCUGCGGUCUUGUUAGCAACCCGUUGUUCCAGAAGUGCGCGGAGGUCGCUCAGUAUGUGGCAGAAGAGUACAGUGAUGAAUUUUAUGUAGAUAUAUUCCGUGAGAUGCCUUGCGAGUUCUACAGUCGUAGAGAGCAGCUGUUAAACAGUAAGAAGAUAGAGGACGGUGGAAUGGAGGUCAUCGUCCUUGUGGGCGCCGAUGGGCACACCGGCCCCACCAACGGAGAGGGCGAGGCAAUGUCCGGGGAUGACUUCCUGAACAUGAUGCAGAAGGCAACUUGCUUUCGAGUUCUUAACAUCCCACCCGAGAGACCUGACUCUUACGAAAAUAUGGCGCAUCUUUCGUGGAAGAAUUACCUUCGGGAGCGGGGGAACACUUACUGCUGGAUGGAAAUAAGCAUUGGUGAGAUGGUCCACGGGCGCGUUACGUUUGAACUUUACUCGCGCGUAGUGCCCCACACCUGCAGCAACUUCUGGCACCUCUGUAAGGGCGACCUGAGUCGGGAUGCGGACGAGGGAGAAGAGCAGGUGCCAAUACUAAGCUACAAAAAUUCAACCUUCUUCCGCACUUUGCAUGGAGCGUGGGUGAUGGGCGGUGACAUCAGUGGAGGGAAUGGUCGGGGUGGAUAUUCCAUUUACGGUCGUUACUUCCCGAAUGAGUCUUAUGCCAUUCCCCACGAUAGGGUUGGGGUGCUUGGAAUGUGCAAUGACGGCGGAGACACCAACGCAUCUUCUUUUUACAUCACAAUGAAGGCCAUGCAAUGGAUGAACGGCCGCUACGUGGCGUUUGGCCGUGUGGUCGACGGCUUGGAAGUCGUACAUGCUAUCCACGCAGUAGAUGUAAAACACAAUCAGUGUCCGAAAAAGGUGAUAACCAUAAGUGACUGCGGUGUGAUUGACCUUACAGAGUGA